AGCGCAGCAGGGCGGAGAGCAGCGGCAGAUUGUACUACAGUGUAGUACUGCCGCCAACAGUAGACGCGUCUCCCGCUCAGUCUGUCGCUAUUCAGCAUCCUCUGGUUAAUGGAUUACACAGUUUCCCUCCAAGUGCAACAUCAGCUGGCGGUGUUCCCGACACACUUCUAUCAGGGCUACAGUGUGGAGUUACAGAUGAAGUCAACAGAGGUGGACCAAGGGCUUUUCACAGACAGCUACUGCAAAGUGUGCAGCGCUCAGCUCAUCUCCGAGUCCCAGAGGGUCGCCCAUUAUGAGAGUCGGAAACACGCCAACAAAGUGCGGCUGUAUUACAUGCUACAUCCUGUGGAUGGAGGCUGCCCUGCCAAGAAGCUCCGAACAGACAAUGGCAGCGACGAGGGCGAUGUGGACAAGAAUAAGUGCUGCACGCUGUGUAACAUGUCCUUCACCUCAGCCGUGGUGGCACAGUCACACUACCAGGGUAAAAUCCACGCCAAGAGGCUAAAACUACUACUGGGAGAGCAGCCUGCCAUCACAACCAAAGAGGCGUCCCCCAGUCCUGUAAAGAGCUCCCCAGAAACGUCUCCCAUGACCUCCCCGCGACAGCGCCGCGACUCGGACCGCUACUGCCAGCUAUGCAACGCCUGGUUCAACAACCCCGGCAUGGCUCAGCAACAUUAUGAUGGCAAAAAGCACAAGAAGAACGCUGCCAGAGCAGACCUGCUGGAGCAGCUGGGCAAGACCCUGGACAUGGGAGAGAUGAAAGGUCUGAAACGAAGCUAUACCUGUGAAGUCUGCAGCGUCACACUGAACUCGGUGGCACAGUACCACGCACAUCUGCAGGGCUCAAAGCACCAAAACAAUCUGAAGAAUCAGAUAUGUGUCCAGUGAGCGUGGGACGAAGAUAAAAACCAACUAUUGGAUUGAUGUCAGACAAGCUGUGGUCAGCUUGCCCUGCUUUUUCUGCCUCUGCCCUGCUUCUGCUCUCCUCCACAUCAUUUCGAUUUCUCUCUCUCUCUUUCUCUCUCUCUCUCUCUCUCUUUCUGUCUUUCACUCUGUCUGUUUUUGGCCACCAUGACAAGGAGGAAAAUAAAGAGGUUUUUUUUUGUAACAGUCUGCACUGCAUCAACUCUCUCACCUGUUUUUAUACAGUACAGUUUAAACAGUUUUUCCGCAUUGCUGGCCACUCUUAAAUCAUUGACCUUUGACAUUCCACUGCAGCUGUGUGCUGUGUUUUUUAUCCACUGACAGUCUUUGGGCAUUAAAGUGGAUCUGAUACGCGGCAGCCUUUAUAAAAUGCAUGGACUAAAAUUGUUUUUUUUUUCCACAGGAUGCUAAGUACUGUAAGUGGAAUUUUGACUUGAGAAUAUGAGGGUUGUUUUGAACUCCUGUUUUGCUUUUACUUGAAUUAAACAGAGCAUAUUUAUUUGAAAUCAAAAGAAAAACACAUACAUUAUUUAGCACUGUGGGCUCUAACUAUGAUUAAAUCAUUCUCUUUGCCCUAAGAUUCUGUAUGGUACACACAGUGCAACUCAAAUCUAAUGUUUUUAUUGCAUACAUGUUUGCAGUGGAGCUAAAUCCCCUUGCGGCUUAAGGGGUUGAUGGCAAUAAUGAAACUGGUUGGACUGGUUGUUAUCUUGUAUGGGCUGUCCUAAACAGUAAAAACUUCUGUCUGUGGCUCUGGCAGUGCUUUAAGGAGACCAGCAGAGUUAAAAAGAUGUAUCUGCAUCUACACUGGAACAGAAGAUCAUUUUUAAAGCUCUUAAAGGAGAAGUCCUAUUUAUUUUAACUUAUUUUCAUAGUGUGAUUCUUAAUAAUGACAUUGCAUUCACCCGUUACUGCUGAGAUCUGGGAACGCUACAACAUUGCUAAAACAAGCAGUCAGAAAAUGACAAAUGCCCAAAUUAGAAAAUUAAGGCAAACAGUGGAUUAUUAGCCUCACGCCGUACCCAUCCAUUUAUGUGGGUCCAGGCUACAGUGGCAGCAGGCUAAGCAAGGUGCCCAAAUCCUUCUGUUCAGUGACUGAAGUAAAAUCGCAGGCUGUUAAUUGAAGUUUACAUUAGAUGCAGUCAAUGAACCAUUUACCAUGGGUCCCCCAAACCUCUGCAAGAUCAGCCUGUUCUCAUUCCCAGGGUUUCAAAUACAGACGGUUUGUCUCGCCCUUCUGCGUCUCCAUCCAUACAAACAAGGUACCUUUUAGCAUCUGUUUGAAACGCAGCGGGUCAUCUAACUAAGCAAUGUGUGUCAGGUGUGGUGUGAAGAGUGAUAAAGCCAGUGUAAGGAGGUAGCCCCCAGGAGGCCAGGAUUUGGGUCCUGUGUAAAACCAAAAGUCAUUUAAAGGUUUAUGUUUCAUAAGAUUACAUAUGUGACUCAAGUCAUGUGACUUAUUGCUGUGGUAAUGGCAACGUACGUUGCAUAAUGUACUUAUUUGAACCCAAAUCCCAAUUUAACCCAAUGAUGUUAAACCUUAACCAAACCAAGUGGCUUUGUUACCUAAACCUAACAAAACUAUACGAGACAACGUUAAAAAGGCAAAUCAUGCAAAUGUUACCUUAAAUGUAACUCUGUGCUUCUGUAUGAGACGCUGAGGGGAAUAACAAAAGGGCGUCGGUAUUUGACAACCUUGGAUGCGAACUUGUGUGCAAGCUGAUUGGCUGACCCAACUCCUGUCGGGAUAGGAGUCCAAAACAGGGAAGAAAUAAGCGUGAAUGUUAUAUAAGUUCAAACACAAACGAAAGCACAUGAACGCCUCCUAACAACCCCUGUUCACCCACAUACAGCCCAGAGAAGUUUCACUUAAGGGUGAGUCCAGCCCUCAUUUGGAGGAAACACAUUUUGGCCAUGUGAAUCUCAUUCUUUCUGUCAUUAACCCAAGUUCAUGACCAUAGGUGAGGUUUGGAAUGUAGAUCAGCUGUUAAAUUGGGAGCUUUGCCUUCGGGCUCAGCUCCCUCUUCACCACGGCAGUCUGGUACAGUGUCUGUAUUUCUGCUGACGGAACACCAGUCGGUCUACUUGUCGGAUGGUUGUACACUGUCUGAACACACACACCUUUCCAACCAUCACAAUAAUCAUGUGAUGGCUUGGAACAGCUGUCGUCAGACGUGGUCGGACGAGGAUUAGUAGAAGUACUUUGCAUCAUAAGACCACCCUACCGGACAGUGAUCCCACCCCACCUCUGCCUUGAGAUUCUGCUCUGACCCAAACGGUCCAUUUUAAACAUCCAUCACAGUGUACAGACCGACUUCCUCCUUCCACUCUGACCUACAGUAAUACCUACUGUAGUUGUGGGUGUACACAGUUUAUCUGUGCAGUGAGUGCAGUGAGGACAUUCUGGGCAUGCUUACCUUCAGUUUUACCUCCAAGUAAAGUGGUUUAGAUAAUCUGGCUAAACUGCUGACCGUUUAUUGCCCCAAUUUGUUGUAGCAAUUGCACCGUGCUCCUAUAUCUCAGCAGUUACUUUGGUGAGAGCAUUGUUAUCAUAACCAACAGAAAUAAUGCCCAGUGCUACAAAAAUGAGACUCCAUUUGAGAUAAACCAAAACAACAAAAGAAUAGUUUGAUUUCUCCUGCUUUUAACAGAUAUAAGAAGACAUGAUCUCUUCUACAAAUUAAAAAUGGGAUUUUUCUUUUGCUGUAUAAUGCAACAUAUACAGUCGACUGUAUGUGGUCAGUGUUAUAGGCUUAGAAAUAUUUUCUCUAGUUAAGAUGCUUUCAUUUCAGUAUGGUCUUCAUCUCAGGGAGGUGUAACUGGUUGCUUUAGUGAAAUUUAACACUGCUGUUGAGAGUCAAACAUUCACAUGUACUGAAUCCAUUCCACUGUAGAGCCUUGUAGAAUGUGUUGGUAGAUAAGGUACAAUGGACUGAACUGUAAUGGUUUGACAAAAAGAAUAUUGAUAUUGUGGAGUGUUUUAAAGGGUAAUUCAGCUUUAUAUAUAUAUAUGUAUAUAUAUAUACAUAUAUAUAUAUCUUAUUGAAGCUAAUGUAGCAUUCUUCUUUCUUACAUGUCAUGUAAAGAAAUUAAAGAUGUUGACUUUAAAGCCAGUGCUGUAUAAAUGAGAACUUUGAGGAAAAUUAUAAAUGAAUAAUAUAUCACUGUUGUGGAUCAGAUUAAUUUGUAAUUGCUAAUCUGUUUACAGUUGAUUUCUCCUACUGUCAUUCCCAGUGCUGUGGCAACUGCAGAACUGUGUUUGUUUAAAAUGUAGCUUUGACUCGCCUUGUUGAAGCCUUUUAUUUUGCCGAGACCUCUAAGUUUAUUGACAGCUGAAAUCACUUGAACACAGAGCUGGAGAUUUGUACUGUAGAGAAAGAGGGAAAAAAAUCAUCACAUAACAUCUUGGACUGAAAACAAACUGUUGCUGGCUGAUGUCAGAGCCGCCAGCUGAUGCGAGAGGCUCCACCGCCGGCCACAUUAACAAUGAUUUAUAGAAAUGUGUUUUUUAAUAUUGCAAAUAAGAAGUGCACGUAUGAUUUGUUAUUGCAAGUCGAGAAAAAAAAAAAAAACUCCAGUGAAUUGCUUUGCUCAGCCUGAGUGAUGACAUUUCUGUCCAAACAUUGCUUUGGAUGAGUCGUUCCUCCUUCAUCACAGGUCCACCUGUCAUACACCCUCUAGUCCCCUUGUGCUCUAGGUCAUGUGCUCUAUUGUGUCUGAGAAAAGAAUAAAAGACACUUGCAACUACACAA